GGUCGAUGCCGCUUAAUUCUCGGCAAUGUCGCUCUCCGACGCCCGAGAUUGAACCUGUAGCCGUAAGCCACGCUCCCUUUUCAUCUCUCCAAAAUCCAAAUCCCUCAAUUUUCCCCAAUUCCCCCAAUUUUCUCUUCCUCCUUCCCUCCCCUCACACAAAUGACAGCUUCCCAGCUCCCCAAACCCAGCUGCAACACACAGGAAAUGAUGGAUUAUUAGGGGAAGUUGUGUUUGUUCUUGUUGGAUGGUCUCAGCUUCUUCUAGUCCAGCAUGCAAAUGAUAAUUCCUUUCGUGUUUGUGAUUAGAUAUGUUGAAAUUGAAUAAAAUACAUAUAGAUAGUGGGAUUCUUUUUUCUGUAUAGAUGGGUGGAGUUUCGCGGUUUCAGUUUGGUGAUUUGAUCAUAGAGAUACUAUAUUAUUAUUUGAUUAUGGAAGUAUAGGGAGAUAAUGUACAUGAUUUCUGAAUUUGAUUGUGGUUUUUGCCAAAGGAUUCGUUGUAAUGGAAAAAGAAGUAUUAGAGUAGAAGUUUUUUUUGGUAUGAAGAGUGACUUGUAUGCCUGGUCUUAACUUGUCACUUUGAAGGAGAGUUUCUGGUAGCUGAGUGAUCAUUCGUAUGCAGCUAAGUAUGUCCAAGCACUUGUUUGAUACCAUGACCAAUGAGGUGCCUGGCACAUCAGGUCAAUGGAUCCAGAAAGAAGCGACUUUUGUUGUCCCAAACACAGUAAAGAAUGUACAUAAGAAUGUUUCUGUACAGACAGGUGAGGAAUUUUCUAUGGAGUUUCUUCAGGAUCGUUCUGCAGCGAGAAGAGUUCCUGCUGUGACUGAUAUGGUUGAGAAUCGCGAAAAUGGGGAUGGGUUGAAUUAUAAUCAGAAUAAUCGGCUGGGAUAUCAGGAUCUUACUGAUCUUCUGGGGUUGAGGAGAAUGGAUUCCGAGUGUGCAUCUGAUACGUCUGACUUUAUCUCGGCAAAAGGGUCCAGUAAAGAUAUUGAAAGCGAGGCUUGUCUUGACAAGUUAGGCAGAUGCAACAGGGAGGAGGUUGAUAGCGGACAAGGAUCAAGGAAGGCUUUUGGAGAACUGAAUGUUGACAGAGCUGGGUUUGGACCAACUGCCUUACCUAUGUAUAUGUCUGAGUCCCAUCUUUCCAACACUGUUAAUGGUUCAGGAGCAUUGGAUGGUUCUCAAUCUGGGAAGAUGAAGUUUCUUUGCAGUUUUGGUGGAAAAAUUUUGCCCAGGCCUAGCGAUGGGAAACUCAGAUAUGUUGGGGGGGAGACGCGCAUUAUUUCCUUCAGGAAAAGUAUUUCAUGGGAAGAGCUUGUGAAGAAAACUUUCAGUUUUUGCAACCAACCUCAUACAAUCAAGUACCAGCUCCCAAGCGAGGAUCUUGAUGCUCUUAUAUCCGUUUCUUCUGAUGAAGAUCUUCAAAAUAUGAUAGAGGAGUACCAUGGCCUCGAAAGGCAUGAGGGUUCUCAGAGACCUCGAAUCUUUUUGAUUCCGUUAGGUGAAUCUGAAAACACAUCUUCCUUUGAGGCAGAUAGCAUACAUCAAAGUAACCCUGAUUACCAAUAUGUUGCAGCUGUAAAUGGCAUGAUAGAUCCUAGUCCUAGGAAAAACAUUGGAGGUAAGAAUUCGACUACUGAAGCAAGUCAACAGGGAACCAAGACUGUCCUAUUCCCUAUGGAAAUUAGGAGUGAUUUUAAAGCUUUGCAUCCUAAUCAAAAUUUAAGUGAACCCCAGGAUAUGACUCGGUCUCCCAUUCAGUCUUCCUUUUCUCCCAUUCUGCAUCAGCAAGGAGAUUCCAAGGGUGUUCAUUUACAAUCACAUGGUCUAAACUCAUGCCAGGGCAGUAAUGAGAGUAGCAGUUCUUUUAUAAGUGCUCAACCACCACAAGAUAACUCCAGCAAUAGCACGGAAGGUUAUAAAAUUCAUCCACAGGGGGCAGUAACUCUUAUGGAUUAUCACCACCCUUGUAAGCAAGCUGAUGAUGGACAACUGGGCCUAUACCAUGGAGGACAUAGUCUCAACCACAAUCCCAGCAAAGAUCCCAUGUCUACUUUAGUUGUCGGUCAAAAUGUUGGUGAUUUUGAUGGAUUCUCCCAUGAGAGGCCAGUGCAGAAGGAAAGAAUAUUCUCUCCUGAGCUUGUCUCACACCAAGAAGAUUCAAAGAAUAUGUUGUCAGGAUCUAAUGAUUACGUUGAUUGUCAUCCUGGCAUGCAUCAUGCAUAUUCUGAUUCAAAACUGCAAGAGAAUGGAAGGAGGUCUGUAUAUUGUUCACAAGAAGGAAUAAGCCCACCGUCCCCCUUAAUUUUUGCAAAGGCUCAAUCAUCAUUGCUGCUAAACUCAGUUAUUUCUCAAGAAAAGCCGACUCUACUGCAUGACAAUAUUGAAUCUUUGAAUCCUAGGUUACACAAUCAGUUACAUGGUACGGAGUCGAUAGGAUUGCGCAGCAGACUGGAUUUGCCAAAUUCAUCUCCAUGUUUAGAAUCACUGGGCAGGAAUGAAGAUUCUCCCAAAUGUAAUGAUUUUCAUGAAAAAUGCCGGACAGCUAAACAGAAAGAUUCUUUGACUUUGGAGCAGACGAAGAAGGUCAAUCAAAAGGAUCCUUUCUUACAUCAAGAUGAAACCCUUUAUGGGACAAGAUCACCUGCCACUGAAGUUGAUUAUCGGAAUGGAUUUCCUAAUAUAAUCCCCGAACCAUCAUCUACUUUUGCCCCUGGGGUUGUUCCUGCAGCAAUUAAUUUACAACCGUUGGUAAACAAGAAGGUGGAGGAUUCACAAAGCUUCCAGGGUGACAAAAGCCCUGCCGAUCUUCUUGUCACGAGUCAAAGAACUGCCAAUGAUCAGGACUGUGCUUUGGCAGUGAUGCCUAGUGGUGAAAAAGGACAUGAUGUUUCAGGGGCCAGGAAUUCUGAAGUUGCAGGCAUAUUUCCAAGUACUAAACAGCAUUCUCGUGAUGAAAAUUCUUUGGCUGAUCUCAUCUCAGGGUUGUCCAAUGGCCAAGUUUCCCAUGAGCCUGCACGACCAGAACUUGUUGCAAGUCAAAAGGAUAUGCGUUUCCAAGAACCCCUGCAUAUGAACUCUGCACAUGUGCACCCAGUGACAGUUCUUCAUGAUCCUGUACUGGAAAAGAGUGACCACAUGGUGUUGCAUAAGCCAGUCCAAGAUGUUGCGUUUAAAAGACAGGUCUCUCUUCUUGAUGAUGGCUUUGUAAAUUACCCUGAUAAGAAUGCUGAGAAGUUGAGCUCAAAUGUCGAAGAUGUUAGUUUGGCACCAACAAAACCCCCAACAAUGAGGAAUGAUAAAAAACAGUUGGAGUCAGUGAAAAUUGUGGAAGACAUAACGAACGGUAUUACUUCUGGCAUUCAGUCUUCAUCACCAGUUUCCCCAUAUGCUGUGGACGAACCUGUUGUUGAUCUCAUAUCUCCUACUGCAACAGAGGUGGAAAGCGUCAAUGAAGACUCUGAGUAUGAGGAUGAUAAGGCUGAUGAAGAAGACAAAAAUGAAUCAUUUAGUGAUGCAAUGAUUGCUGAAAUGGAAGCCAGCAUCUAUGGCUUGCAGAUUAUAAAAAAUGCUGAUCUUGAAGAAUUAAGGGAAUUAGGAUCUGGUACAUAUGGAACUGUUUAUCAUGGAAAAUGGCGGGGAACAGAUGUUGCUAUAAAGCGAAUAAAAAAGAGCUGUUUUGCAGGAAGAUCAUCAGAGCAAGACCGACUGACAAAAGACUUCUGGAGAGAGGCGCAAAUCCUUUCAGCUCUCCAUCAUCCAAAUGUGGUUGCAUUCUAUGGAGUAGUACCUGAUGGAGCUGGAGGAACGUUGGCAACUGUAACUGAGUACAUGGUGAAUGGAUCACUGAGGCAUGCCCUACUAAAAAAGGAUAGAUCACUUGACCGUCGUAGAAAGCUUAUAAUUGCCAUGGAUGCAGCUUUUGGCAUGGAAUACUUGCAUUCAAAGAAUAUUGUCCAUUUUGAUUUAAAGUGUGACAAUCUGCUAGUCAACUUGAGGGAUCCUCAACGACCUAUAUGCAAGGUUGGAGAUUUUGGUUUAUCGAGAAUCAAACGCAAUACUUUGGUAUCUGGUGGUGUGCGAGGAACUCUUCCUUGGAUGGCACCAGAACUGUUAAAUGGCAGCAGCAUCCGGGUUUCUGAGAAGGUUGAUGUUUUCUCAUUUGGAAUUUCAAUGUGGGAGAUCUUGACCGGGGAGGAACCAUAUGCCAAUAUGCAUUGCGGUGCCAUCAUUGGUGGAAUUGUGAAGAACACUCUUCGACCUCCUAUUCCAGAACGUUGUGAUUCUGAGUGGAAGAACCUGAUGGAACAGUGCUGGUCACCUGAUCCUGACAUCCGUCCAUCAUUCACCGAGAUAACUAACAGGUUGCGAGCUAUGUCCAACGCACUUCAGGCGAAGGUACCUAGCAAUCAGACAAGCCAGAUAAAGCCCAAUGUUUGACAUUCUUGCCAGGUACCAGAAUUAUAUGAUAUCUCCAACGGAAACCCUUCCGGUCGAUGAUCAAAACUUUGACGGCGAUCAAUUCAUCCCCACAAUUCGUCGGUGUAUUGAUUUGCUCUUCUGUUGAUAAGAGACUACAUAAUUUUUUUAUUCUUUUGUAAAAUAACACCGGGUCAUACUAGCAUGCUGGGAAGAGGCGAUCGACAGUUUUUCUGCUAAGUUUGGUGUCAAUGUAUUUUUGCUGGAGAAACGAUUGUCCAUAUGUAUAUAUUAUAUACACAGAAAUCAAAUGAUAGGACUUUGUCUGGUUUUCCUUUUA